GUGGAAUCUUUGGGAAUGGAUUAUCUGAGACUACGCGAGCUCAGUAUUGCGGAGGAGUUAGGCAUGUCAAGCUUCACUAUUCCAAAGCGGCUUCUCAAAGGCAAGAAACGGUCAAGAGGGCCGUUGUCUACUGCGUACGUCCUUUUUUGCCUCGACAUUUAUGUACUGACUUUCUUCAACAGCCCCGCCCUAUCAACCACCACCAUCUUUCGUUCCUCUCACCGUGGGCAAAAGUCAACAACCAGAUCGGAUUGCUCAAAGCCCUUCUAUCAAAGUCGUAUCACAGCUAUGUCAGCCCCACCACCUCCACCACCUCCAACUCUCAACUCGUACCCCCUUCUUACAGACUCCUCAGGUGCUCGAAUACCCAUACCUGUGCCGUCGCCGCCGCCCCCCAAUAUUCCACCGCCAGAUACCCCGAUACCAGACGAAGCACCAACAGCGGCCCAGAUGAAGAUAGGGCCUCUAGGGCAGAUCAUCAAAACUGGAGGGGGGACAGCCGCGAAGAAGAAAAAGCCUGCUGGUUCUGCGGCUCUAUCAGGUAAUACAGCUACAACUGUGGUGGGAGCCGCAGGGAGUACACCAGGAGGAGAGGCUGCUGCGCUAAAGAAGAAGGGAGCUACAGGUGUGGGUACAGGGAACGGGCGCAAGAAGAAGUUACUGGAAGCUGCACAGGUGCAAGCACAGGCACAGGUUCAGAUGUUCCCUGGGAUGAUUGUAGUGCAAGGAUGAACGUUGCAUGUCGUUAAUACAGUGUGCUAGUUUAGAAUAAGCCAACAAGGUGUUCAUAGCAUGGAAGAGUGAAACAAGGGAUCUCACUGUAACAUAAAAGUAUGUCAAUGAUGACUCUUGUCACGUCGCGCCCGAGUCGAACCACGAAGGAGUGAAACCUCUUCAAUGCCCUGAUCAUCAGUCUCCCCAGCCUGUCGCUUACGUUUGUGACUCUUCUGCUGCUUCCC